GCAACUGUUUGGACUAAUGAUUACACCCAGUCCGCUGGCUUUUGCGGUAGGAGCUUUGCUUUGUAGCAAGCUACCCAUAAUGCAAUGCUAUGCUAGCUGGUUCUUAGCGGAGUAGCCAGAGAGCAGAAAACAACAACAACAAGGGUGAACGAGGCUCAACAACAGGCUAGCUACUAGCUAGGCCAGCUACAUGGGUAGCGACAAAAGAGACCAGGAUUUAUCAAACGCGAUGUCCUUAUCAUCUAAACGUAUAUGUGAGUGAUGCAAUUUUAGGUGAGGACGAAUCAUAUUUGCUGUUGCAUAUCGCUUUGCAUUUACAUUAAUCGAACCCAGCUCGAGAGCAAGCUAACUAGCAAUCGACGUCUCUCUAUGCUCGAAUAUUUAACGGCGGCAGCAGCGGUGCCAUGAACAGUGGACUCCCAGCUUCAGCUGCUCCGCUCGGGGGUGUCGGAAUACCCUGCGUCAAGGUGAAGUUCUGCCGAUACUACGCAAAGGACAAGACUUGCUUUUAUGGGGACGAGUGUCAGUUUUUGCACGAGGAACCGUCCAUGGCAAGCAUGUCUCUUCACGGUGGAGGAAGCCCUGUCCCUUUAUCCAUGUCAGGAGGAGCCGUGACGGCAGCGGGGUAUCCGCUUAGUGCACCCCCGGCCUGCCCGGUAGGGGUGCCGACCGUCACCAAAAAGAGCGACUCUCUGGGGUCUGCAGGCACGGCUCUGGAUGGACAGCUGUUAACCAUCCCUGGUAUGGAGGGUGGGAGUGAUGCUAAUCUGACCAAUUCCUACUUCAGCAGCAGCUUCAUUGGGGUCAAUGGCUUCGGGAGCCCCGCAGAGUCUAAAUACUCAAUGAUGCAGAGAAUGACCAGCAGCAGCAGCAGCAGUUCUCCCAGUCUCCUUGAUGAUGGUGCAAAGAACUUUAGCCACAGCGCUCACGAUCUAUUCCAUGGAACCCUCGCAGUUGGACCAGGUCAGAGUUGUGGGUCGAUGGAAAACUCCCCUUGGACAACACAGUCUUCGUUCCCUCUUCCUCUAUGUCCUCUUCCAGAUCCAGUUAGUUCUCCUAUGUCCUCACUCUUCAGUGACUUUGGUGCGCUGAGCAUAUCACAAAGGAGAAAGGCUCCCAACCCUACAGCCAAUGAGUUCAUCCCUAAGGGGGUUCCCCGCAUGGCCACUAUGGUCCAGUCCAGUGUUCCAGCCUUCCCCUUGCCCCUCUUCCCCCACCCCAGCCUCAGCAGCUCCACCGCCGCUGCCCUAGCACCCGGGAUGUCUCUUUCUGCAGGGUCCUCCCCCCUCCACUCCCCCAAAAUCACCCCCCACACCUCCCCCGCCCCUCGCCGGCGCAGCCACACCCCCAACCCCAACAACCCCAAUCCGGCUAACUACAUGGUGCCCACCAGUGUGUCUGACCAGGGGGCCCACAUCAUCCAGAAGGAGACGGUGGGGGGGACCACCUACUUCUACACCGACAAUACCCCUGCUCCCAUGGCCGGGAUGGUGUUUCCUACCUACCACAUCUACCCCCCCACUGCUCCCCACGUGGCCUACAUGCAGCCCAAAGCCAACGCCCCGUCCUUCUUCAUGGCUGAUGAACUCCGACAGGAGCUGAUAAACAGACAUCUAAUCACCAUGGCUCAGAUCGACCAAUCAGAGAACACCGGUGUUCCAUCUGAGGUGGACAGCUACCACAGCCUGUUUCCCCUGGAGCCUGUCCCUCCUCCCAACCGCCUGCAGAAGACCAGCAACUUCAGCUACAUCACUUCCUGCUACAAGGCCGUCAACAGCAAGGACGACCUGCCUUACUGCCUGAGGAGGGUACAUGGUUUCAGGCUGGUGAACACCAAGUGUAUGAUGCUGGUGGACAUGUGGAAGAAGAUCCAGCACUCCAACUCUGUUACCCUGAGGGAGGUCUUCACCACCAAGGCCUUUGGAGACCACUCGUUGGUGUUUUCCUAUGACUUCCAUGCGGGGGCAGAGACCAUGUUUAGCAGGCACUUCAACGACCCCACUGCCGACUCCUACUUCACCAAGAGGAAGUGGGGACAGCACGAGCCCCCACCACCCCGGCAGCACGCUGGUCUGCUUCCUGAGUCUCUGAUCUGGGCCUACAUCGUCCAGCUGAGCUCAGCUCUCAGAACCAUCCACACUGCUGGCCUGGCCUGUAGGGUCAUGGACCCCAGCAAGAUCCUCAUUACCGGCAAGACCAGGUUACGGGUGAACUGUGUAGGGGUGUUUGAUGUCUUAACGUUUGACAACAGUCAGACCAACCAUGUGACCCUCAUGCCACAGUACCAGCAAGCGGACCUGAUAUCCCUGGGCAAGGUGGUGCUGGCCCUGGCCUGUAACUCUCUGGCUGGAAUUCAGAGAGAGAACCUGCAGAAGGCCAUGGAGCUAGUGUCAAUCAACUACUCAUCAGACCUCAAGAACCUCAUCCUGUAUCUGCUGACAGAGCAGUCAAGGCUGCGAAGCGUCAAUGACAUCAUGCCUAUGAUCGGAGCUCGCUUCUACACACAGCUGGACGCAUCACAGAUGAGGAAUGAUGUCAUCGAGGAGGACCUUGCCAAGGAGGUCCAGAAUGGUCGUCUCUUCCGCCUGUUGGCCAAACUGGGCACCAUCAACGAGAGGCCAGAGUUUCAGAAGGACCGUACGUGGUCGGAGACGGGGGACCGGUAUCUGCUGAAACUGUUCAGAGACCACCUGUUCCACCAGGUGACGGAGGCUGGGACCCCCUGGAUAGACCUCAGCCACAUCGUCUCCUGCCUCAACAAACUGGACGCGGGCGUGCCUGAGAAGAUAAACCUGGUGUCUCGUGAUGAGAAGAGUGUUCUGGUGGUGACCUACUCGGACCUGAAGCGCUGCUUCGACAGUACCUUCCAGGAGUUGCAGCAGGCCGCUGCCACUGGCCCCCUGUAGCGCCCCCGCCGCCCCCCACACACAGGCAGCGGGGUGGGACUGCCUAAACCCGGAACCUGAAAGCACAUUAUUGCACUACAUCGGAGGACCAGGUGCAUAGUGAUGACAUCAUCAAAGGGGGCGGGACUUGCUGGAUCAGUCACAUACACUGUCUUAGCAACCAGGAAGGCUUUUCUAAAGCAGAUUUUUUGGGGGGACAGAAAUGGAAGCUGUGACGAUGACAACAAGGAUGAUGAACACUGCAUUAUUAUAUUUUAGAACUGGGGAACAAAACGGAUACUAAAAAAUAAACCAACCGCGUGGUAUUGAACUUUUUCCUGCUUUUUUUUCUGUGGAGGGUGCACUAAGAUUUGACUUUUAAUGAAUGUGUGAGUGGCCUACAAGAUGCAUCUACAGACAGAGGUGAAGUCACAGACACAGACUGAGAACUGAAUAUAAAUCAGUCUUUCUACUGCGUAUCUCUGCUGGAGACCACACCCCUUCAUACCAACACAUUGAGACGGGACAGACCACUGGAUGCUUUCUAAGGGGGUGGUCAAAGAACCCAUUCAUGAAAUGGGCCGGUCCAAGUCAGCCUUAGUUGUCGGUUCCCACUCAAAGGACAACCCACUGAGUUUUGGAGGGUGCGGGUUGGGAUGGGGACUCUGUUAAAACAGACCAUUGAGGGGUGUGUUGGGUUUUUCUCCCGAUGGCCGUGUUUGUUAGAGCAGAGUCAUGCAGGCCAGGCAGCACCUCCUUUAUUGCUUAAUGAUGGACACUAUUGUGGAAACUGUUGUGACACAAAUUAUGAACUCUGGGGAUGGAACUGUUUUGUCAGCUCUGGGGUAGAACCCAUGGAUUGGGCAUAACUAGAGAAUGGAGCCAGUUCUGCCUCAAUUAUUUUCUUUGCUGUCUCCCUCUCUCCCUCUCCUGAAGGGUCCCUCCCUCUUUCUCCCUCUCCUGAAGGGUCCCUCCCUCUUUCUCCCUCUCCUGUAGGGUCCCUCCCUCCCUCCCUCUUUCUCCCUCUCCUGUAGGGUCCCUCCCUCCCUCCCUCUUUCUCCCUCUCCUGAAGGGUCCCUCCCUCCCUCUUUCUCCCUCUCCUGAAGGGUCCCUCCCUCCCUCUUUCUCCCUCUCCUGAAGGGUCCCUCCCUCCCUCUUUCUCCCUCUCCUGAAGGGUCCCUCCCUCCCUCUUUCUCCCUCUCCUGAAGGGUCCCUCCCUCCCUCUUUCUCCCUCUCCUGUAGGGUCCCUCCCUCCCUCCCUCUUUCUCCCUCUCCUGUAGGGUCCCUCCCUCCCUCCCUCUUUCUCCCUCUCCUGUAGGGUCCCUCCCUCCCUCCCUCUUUCUCCCUCUCCUGUAGGGUCUCUCCCUCCCUCUUUCUCCCUCUCCUGUAGGGUCCCUCCCUCCCUCUUUCUCCCUCUCCUGAAGGGUCCCUCCCUCCCUCUUUCUCCCUCUCCUGAAGGGUCCCUCCCUCCCUCUCCCUCCCUCUCCUGAAGGGUCCCUCCCUCCCUCUCCUGAAGGGUCCCUGGUGACCUCUUCGUUUGAGAAUACGUUAUGCUUUUUGUGAUUCUUUCUAGCUGGUUCUUCUCAUUUUACUCUGCUGUAGUGCAGUGAUGCAUGAUGGGACAUGGAAGGGACAGUCUUUCUGCCUCAACACAAACUUUAUUCUGUGGACCAAUUCCAGCGGUGGCGAAGUGGAUUGUAGGAAGGGGUUUUGAAUCAUUUUAAGAAAAUGUGUUUUUUAUUUGACCUUUUAAGAUCAUGUGACACACAACGUGCUGGAGACACCGAUCAGCGAUGACCAGGAGUCACCUUUCACCUUUGACCCCUUCCGGAGGUCCCCUGGGUUUUUCCCCUGAAGUGUGCUCUCAUUCACACCCUCUCAUGGCUUUAAAAAUAAUGGAUUGGCAUAAGAUGAUGGGAACUCCAAACCAUGCUUAUACCAAUCCAAUGCCUUUGAAUUCAUAAUGGGUAGUAAAGGAGUGUACACAUCAGGGAGAAGGAUGGAGAAUUGGUAAGGGGGGUGGGGUGGUGGCUGUUGCACUCAGAAGCAAGGAUCAAUUCAGAAGGGUGAAACAUUCAAAGCGUUUUAGAAAUGUAUUAUAUAGAUCAUACCAAGACUUCUAGUCACAUGAGAAGGUAACUGUCUAUUCUAUACAUCAGUUCUAUGUGCAACAUUCAACCCUAUUGAAUAGACCCUCUUUUGGAUGGUUUGGAAUUCUCUCAGGACAAUGGACAGCUGCAGGGGCCCUUUGACUGAAUGUUUUUGGCCGUCAUUGGUCGCCCUUUAUCCAGUCAGAUUGGUGUGGGCGGGACUCUUAAGUGGGGGUGGGGGGGGUGGGGUACUGUGGGGGGAAAUUGUGAGGAGAUGGAUGCUCCUAAGCACAGAUCUAGCAUCAAUUUACCGUAGUCCAGUCUUACCUGAACUACUAGGGGGAUGACAACAUAUCUGACCCUAUGUCAGUUGUUAGGGGCAUCUUCUACCUACUCCAUGAGGUGAGCUGUGAGUUGGCUAUGUUAGAAUCAUGUACUGUUUCCUGUUUUUAGUGACAUGAUCAAGACCGAAAGCAUAUUUGGUGAAUGUGGUGCUUAGACCCCUAUCUUUAAACCAAUCUCUUACACACACCCAUACCAACACACACCCAUACCAACACACACCCAUACCAACACACAGCCAUCCCUAUCCACACAUGUCAACGUUUAUCAUAUCACCAUCAUGACACACACUCCAGUAAUACUAGCGCUAGUGAUGCGCGGGUCAGCUGUUAGUUCACCCAUACCCCCACCCGCAAUUGCUAAAAGCCCAUCUGCAACAACCCGACUGUAUGUGAUAGGGAAAAUGUGAGGGCUGCAUCCAACCCUAACCUGCUAAUAUAGAAAACGCUCUGUUCCCUUUGUUCUCUUCAUUUAUUGAACAAUUAUGUUUUUCUUCAACAUUUCAUCAAUUAUGAACAGUAGCCUAAUGUUUUGCUGAAACAAAUGUGAAACAAUAAAUGGAUAUAUUUUAGGCCGACUGCCUGUGGGCUAAUAGCCUCUACCAGCAUAUGAAUUAAAUAAAACAUCUAAUGAAAUGUUGUGUGUAUAUAUAUAUAAGGCUUAGAAAAGAAAUACGCUGUUACACAAAAUAAAAUUUUGAAAACCAAAGUAGCCACUGUCCAGUUGAGACUAUAAUGGCCUACUUUCGUCUUUCUUUUGCAGCACUGUUGAGAAACAAAAUAGCGUCCUCUGUGCUAGGUUAGUUGGCACGCGUAGUCUGCAGUUAGGCCCUGAAGCUUAGGUUUACACACUCAUUUCUCUAAUUAAAGAAAAACCUCAAUAUAGCCUAUAGAUAUGAGUUACACAAUUAUACAUGUACAGAUUUUUUUUUAAAUUAUUUUUUCCCCCUUCACUUUAUUCAACCUGCCACCCACCCACCCUUCAUCCGCACAAUAUUUCAGGCCCCUAAAACCCUUGCCCUGCGGAUAUAACCUUGUUGUAUGAGUCAACCCGUGCAUCACUAACUAUUGCUGCCUUUCUCCCACACACACAGCUCUCUCCCCCCACACACACCUCCAUCACCAUCUUAGUAUGUUUUAUGCCCCUCUUGUGUUUGACUAAAAUGUUGUAAUUUUUGUGUGUACAGCAGUAUUUUAAUAAAGAACACCAAAACAUA